CCGCACCGCCGCUCUCCCUCCGCCCGUCUCCUCCCCAUGGCGACAGCGGACGCCGCAUCCCCGGCUCCGACGGACGAGCAGCGCCCGGAGCGCUCCGGCGGCAGCACCGGCACGGCGGCUGGCGGAGGAGCGGCAGCGACGGCAUCGGGACGAGGAACGGCAUCGGGAGGAGGAGGAGGAGGAGGAGGAGGAAGCGGCGGCUCGCUGGAGCUGGCGGCGGCGCGGCGGCGCCUGGUGGCUGCGGAGUGCCGGCGGAGAGCCGCGGCGGAGCUGGAGGGCCGCGUGGUUCAGGUGCACUGCGCGCUGCGGCACGCCGAGCUGCGCCUGGCCGCCCGAGCCGAGGCGCUGAGCCGGCUGGGGAGCGGCGUGGCACAGGCGCAGCUGGCGCUGGCCGCGCAGGGGCAGCGUUUGCAGAAGGGGCUCCGCCGCCGCCCUCGCCCCCGACCCGGUGCUUUGCUUGCCGCGGCCCGAGCGCUCCGAAGCUGCGUGCCCUGGGCGACGGGAAGAGCGCGGCGUUCCUCCGUGCACACCCCCAGCAGGAGGCUGCCCGCUGCACCGCGCAGCCCCGCUUAGA